UUUAUUUCAGAAUCGUGGAAAUGAAAUAAUGAAAGAGACCCAGUUCAAAGGCCGUCUACAGGAUGAGAUAAAUCGACUAACAGAUGAAAUGAGAGGGAGAACUGAGGAGGUUCUCGUUCAUAAGUUACAGAUGACCAUGCUGAAUCGAACUGCCAAUCGACUCGAACAGGCCUUGAAAUCGGAAAAGGCAACAGUUGAUAGACUAACUCAACAGCAAGAGGUUCUGUCGCAGCGCUACCUGAAAAUCCAAGAUGAACUAUCCAUAGAAACUCAGCUUUACGAAGAGGCUUCUUCAAAAAUCAACCUAUUAGCUAACCAAUUGAAGAGCUCUAGUUUUGUUCUAUUCACUUAUUUUGUUGUGCUGUGUGAUCAGCCCCUUUUGUUUGUAACGUCGAUAAGUUUGGCUUUUGUUUCUCAGUGUUGAAGAACAAGGAUGAAGAGCUGCUGAAACUGCGAAAUGACUUGUCGCGGGUGGUUAAGCUGACUGAAUCGGCGGCUGUCAGAAUCGAGAAAGCGGAGAGUGAGAGGAAACGAGUUGAGGAAGAGAGAGACGCUCUGGCCAC